GAUCUGUGCAAGAGCAUCAACCCUGAUGAGGCUGUCGCUCAUGGUGCAGCUGUUCAGGCUGCUUUGCUGAAUGAAGGUAUGAAGAAUGUUCCAAACUUGGAGCUACUGGAUGUUACACCUCUAUCCCUUGGUAUAAGCGCAAGGCCAGAUGUCAUGAGUGUGGUCAUUCCCAGGAACACUACCAUUCCCGUGAGCAAGACAAAAGUAUUCCACACAACAAUCGAUAACGAAUAUAGCGCGUCGAUUAAAGUUUAUGAGGGUGAGAGAGCAAGAGCCAGUGAUAACAAUUUGUUAGGUUCUUUUGUUCUUUCUGGAUUUCCUCCUGCUCCUCGUGGCCAUCCUUUGGAUGUAUUCUUUGCCAUAGAUUCAAAUGGUAUGUUAACUGUUUCAGCUGAGGAAAAAACCACUGGAAAUAAGAAUGAGAUUAUCAUAACCAAUGACAAAGAGAGACUGUCUCCUGAAGAAAUUAUGAGAAUGAUUCAAGAAGCUGAGAAUUUUCGGGCGGCAGAUAAGAAAUUCCUCAGAAAGUCCAAAGCAAUUAAUUCUUUGGAUAACUACGUUUACAAGAUGAAUAAUGCUUUGAAAAAGAAAGAUAUGAUUUCUAAACUUAGCUCAUCGACAAGGUUGAGUAUUUGUUUGGCAAUUCAGAAGGGUACAAAAUUGCUGGAUGGUAAAAAUCAGAAUGAGGAAGCAUAUGUAUUUGAGGAUUAUCUGAAGAAGCUUGAGAGCCUCUAUGAAAAUAUAAUAGGCAAGAAUGGGUAG